AUGCGUCAUCUAAAACUAAUAUUAAUUAUUGCCUGGAUAAACGUGUGUUUCACAGAGGACAACGCAGGCAAUAGAUAUGUUUUGAUGCAAAGAAACACAGUGAUAACCUCUUGUGAUUUUAACAAUAACGAUGAACCGUACUGUCAGUUUCGACAAGACUCUGCAGAUGACAAUGACUGGACACGCCACAAAGGGCCCACGCCAACACCAGGCACAGGCCCUGAUGGAGACUAUCCUGAUGGCACCGGUUUUUACAUUUACCAUGAAUGUGACAAUGUAAACAAUGGGAAGAAAGCACGACUGCUCAGUCCAGCCAUCAGCAGAGGCCAGACAGAAAUAUGUGUGCAGUUCCACUACUACAUGUAUGGUAGUGACUACACAAACACGCUGACUGUAUGGGCCAAACAAUCUGGCACAGAGGAGAAACUGUGGGAGAAGACUGGGUAUCAGAGUCCAUCUUGGCUCGGAGCCUCCAUUACUGUACCCAAACCGGAAGGACAGUCCAUUGAGAUUGUGUUUGAAGCAAAGCGUGGUUCAAGCCCAUCAUGUGACACCGCCCUGGAUAACAUUAUCAUCAGUGAAGGAGCUUGUCCAGGAUGCUUAUUUGGUUGUGAUUUUGACACUGGUUAUGAUCUCUGUGGCUGGACAACUGAAGUCUCACUUCCAGAGCUUUUUGGCUGGGUUUUCUGGAAUGGCCCAACAGACACACCUGGAACAGGCCCAGAUGAUGAUUUCUCCAAACCAGGCUUUGGAUUCUACCAGGUGAUGGAGUCCUUCGAAGCAAUCCCAGGAGAGUCAGCUCAGCUGUGGAGUCCCUCAGUUUCAGCCUCUGCCUCUGGGUGUCUCCAGCUGCAGUUUCACUACUACUUGUAUGGAACGGCAAAUGACAUGCAGAUCAAUGUCUAUGCUGCUACUUCUGCUGAUUCACUGGGAGCCCCUCUAUUCACCGUCAGAGGAAACCAGGGGCAAGACUGGAAACCUGCAGAGGUCAGUUACAUCGGCACAGCAAAUAUCCAGUUUGUGAUUGUGGGAGUCUUCGGUGAAACAGACAAGACUGAUAUUGCCAUAGACAGUUUGUGCAUUACAGAAUGUCAAGGUAAGAAUUUCAAAUCUUGAAAACCCAUGAAUAUGAUGAGAAUAUGAUGUAUUAUGUCAGAAUAACAUGGACACAAUCUGAAUAGUGCUCUGUUACAACUGCAGUAUCUGUUACCUGUUUCAGCAAUUACACCAACAACUCCAAAACCAUCCACUCCACAACCAUCAACACCUCGCCCAUCCACUCCACAACCAACCACAGCUAAACCAACAACAGCUGGACCAUCAACACCUCAGCCAUCCACUCCACAACCAACCACAGCUAUACCAACAACACCUGGACCAUCAACACCUCAGCCAUCCACUCCACAACCAACUACACCUAAACCAACAACAGCUGGACCAUCAACACCUCAGCCAUCCACUCCACAACCAACUACACAUAAACCAACAUCUGGACCAUCAACACCUCAACCAUCCACUCCACAACCAACUACACCUAAACCAACAACAGCUGGACCAUCAACACCUCAGCCAUCCACUCCACAACCAACUACACCUAAACCAACACCUGGACCAUCAACACCUCACCCAUCCACUCCACAACCAAGUACACCUAAACCAACAACACCUAGACCAUCAACACCUCAACCAACAACAACAAAACCACCAAUCAAAUGUCCACCUAAUGCUGAGUAUAUUGAGUGUGGACCAGCUUGCGUUCCCAGCUGUCAGGAACCCUCAACCAACUGCACUGGGCCCUGUAUCAGCGCUUGCUUCUGCAAACCGGGUUAUGUGUUCCGUGGCAAACGUUGUGUUCCUAUUGAAAAGUGUGGUUGUCUGGAUGAUGAAAACAACUACUAUGAGCCUGGAGAGAUUAUCUUUGGAGAUGGCUGUUCUAAGCUCUGUCGCUGUAAAGGGAACUACACUCUUGAUUGUGUGGACAACACCUGCUCAGCCACUGAGGAGUGUCGUGAUGUUGGAGGAGUACCUGGCUGUUACCCAAAAGACUCAUCCACCUGCAUUGCCUCUGGUGAUCCUCACUACACCACCUUUGAUAAGCGACGCUAUAACUUCAUGGGCAACUGCAGUUAUCUGAUGUCAGAGCCCUGCAACAGCACCGAUGUACCUUACUUUGCCGUGUACGUAGACAACGAGAACCGUUACAACAAACCCACUAUCAGCUAUGUGAAGGCUGUGCACGUCCACGUCAAAGGAGUGAAAGUGUCCAUCCUGAAAGGUGGAAUCGUUCAGGUGAAUGGAACCAAUGUGAAUAUUCCUCUGACUCCUGUGGAUGGUGUGAGUGUGUACAAAUCUGGGAAACACUACACAGUGGCCAUGGACUUUGGAGUAACAGUGCGCUAUGACGGAAAUCACUACAUGGACAUCAAAGUCAUCUCAGACUACAAGGACAAGCUGUGUGGACUAUGUGCAGAUUACAACGGAAACUCAAAGGACGACUUCCGCACUCCCACUGGAGAACUGGUCACCAGUCCAAAUGACUUUGGAAACAGCUGGAACACAGACCCAGAAUGUGAUAAACCAACUGUUGAUCCCACUCCUGACUGCACAGCUGAAGAGGAGGAUCUGUAUGAGGGUCCUGCCUACUGUGGCAUCAUACUGGACCCCAAUGGUCCUUUUGCUGUCUGUCACCCCAAAAUCAACCCCAACGGGUUCUUCAGAGACUGUAUGUUUGACUUGUGUGAGCUGGACGGGGCUCAUUCUGCCCUCUGUGAGGCCAUUGAGGCUUAUGUCAAUGAGUGUCAGGACCGUGGUGUCAAUAUCGGACCUUGGAGAAAUGCCACUUUCUGCCCUCUGAAAUGCCCCCCCAACAGUCACUUUGAGUCAUGUGCCGAUCCCUGCCAGCCGUCCUGUACCUCCCCAACUCCAUCCCAGUGCAGUGGGCCAUGUGCCGAGGGCUGUGUCUGUGACCCUGGAUACGUCCUCAGCGCCGGAGAAUGUGUGAAGCAGGAAUCUUGUGGUUGCUCAUAUAAUGGACAGUACUACCAACCCGGUGAGGAGUUCUACACUAAGGACUGUGAGCUGCUAUGCAAAUGUAACUCACCUCUGGUUACAUGCACUGCCGCUGAAUGUCCUCCCAUGCAGCAGUGUGGAGUACAGCAGGGAGAAAUUGGCUGUUACCCAGUCACCUCUGAAGAUUGCAUCAUCUCUGGUGACCCCCAUUAUCAGACCUUUGAUGACAAAUUUUUCACCUUCAUGGGCACUUGUACUUACACCCUGGCCCGCACCUGCAAAAACAACACAGGGCCCUGGUUCUCUGUGGAGGCAAAGAAUGAAGAGAGAGGGGUGUCAGGAGUUUCCUACCUCAGGAAGUUGUAUGUGACAGUGGAUGGUGUCACAGUGACAAUGAUGAAGAGCAGGAGGAUUCUGGUGAAUGGACUGAGGGUGUCUCUCCCUCAUUCUCCAUCUCCGCUCAUCUCUCUCUCAUUGGCUGGACAGUAUGUAACCCUAACCACACCCUUCGGCCUAGAGGUUCGCUGGGAUGGCAAUCACUACGCCAAGAUCACUGUGCCAAGCACCUACUAUGACCAGAUGUGUGGUCUGUGUGGGGACUAUGAUGGAGACUCAAACAACGAUUUCACUAAGCCAGAUGGAUCUCAGGCUGGAAGUUCUGAUGAUUUUGGCAACAGCUGGCAAACAGAUGAGGAUGAGGAUGAAGUAUGCAAACCUGACGUGACACCAGAUCCUCCCUGUGACCCUGCACUGGAGGCUGAGGUAUCUAACCCUGAGAACUGUGGGAAAAUUACAGACACCACUGGACCCUUCAGGGACUGUAUAAAUGUGGUGGAUCCUCAUCCAUUCUUCCAGAGCUGUGUGUUUGACAUGUGUCGUUACGAGGGCCAGCAGCAGACCCUGUGUGACCAGCUCCAGGCUUAUACUGAGGCUUGUCUGAGUGCAGGAGCACCUGUGCACCAGUGGAGGGAGCCAGGCUUCUGUUCUUUGGUGUGCCCUCCUAACAGCCACUACUCCCUGUGUGUGAGUGCCUGUCCAGAGACGUGUCUGGGGGCCAGUGGUCCUCCAGGCUGUGCUGAUAAGUGUGUGGAGGGCUGCCAGUGUGAUCCUGGUUUCAUCCUGAGCAACGACAAAUGUGUUCCUGUCAAAGACUGUGGCUGUGUAGACUCCCAAGGCUCUUACCACCCUGUCAAUAACAGCUGGUAUCUGAAGGACUGUACACAGCAGUGUGUGUGCUUGGGUGGUGGGAUCAUCCAGUGUCAUAACUCACCCUGCCUCCCCAAUGAGAUAUGCCAGCUACAAGAUGGAGAAUAUAUCUGCAAGCCAAUAGUCAAAUGUCCACCUAAUGCUGAGUAUAUUGAGUGUGGCCCAGCUUGCGUUCCCAGCUGUCAGGAACCCUUAACCAACUGCACUGGCCCCUGUAUCAGCGCUUGCUUCUGCAAACCGGGUUAUGUGUUCCGUGGCAAACGUUGUGUUCCUAUUGAAAAGUGUGGUUGUCUGGAUGAUGAGAACAACUACUAUGAGCCUGGAGAGAUUAUCUUUGGAGAUGGCUGUUCUAAGCUCUGUCGCUGUAAAGGGAACUACACUCUUGAUUGUGUGGACAACACCUGCUCUGCCACUGAGGAGUGUCGUGAGGUUGGAGGAGUACCUGGUUGUUACCCAAAAGACUCAUCCACCUGCAUUGCCUCUGGUGAUCCUCACUACACCACCUUUGAUAAGCGACGCUAUAACUUCAUGGGCAACUGCAGUUAUCUGAUGUCAGAGCCCUGCAACAGCACCGAUGUACCUUACUUUGCCGUGUACGUAGACAACGAGAACCGUUACAACAAACCCACUAUCAGCUACGUGAAGGCUGUGCACGUCCACGUCAAAGGAGUGAAAGUGUCCAUCCUGAAAGGUGGAAUCGUUCAGGUGAAUGGAACCAAUGUGAAUAUUCCUCUGACUCCUGUGGAUGGUGUGAGUGUGUACAAAUCUGGGAAACACUACACAGUGGCCAUGGACUUUGGAGUAACAGUGCGCUAUGACGGAAAUCACUACAUGGACAUCAAAGUCAUCUCAGACUACAAGGACAAGCUGUGUGGACUAUGUGCAGAUUACAACGGAAACUCAAAGGACGACUUCCGCACUCCCACUGGAGAACUGGUCACCAGUCCAAAUGACUUUGGAAACAGCUGGAACACAGACCCAGAGUGCAAUAAACCAACUGUUGAUCCCAUUCCUGACUGCACAGCUGAAGAGGAGGAUCUGUAUGAGGGUCCUGCCUACUGUGGCAUCAUACUGGACCCCAAUGGUCCUUUUGCUGUCUGUCAUCCCAAAAUCAACCCCAAUGGGUUCUUCAGAGACUGUAUGUUUGACUUGUGUGAGCUGGACGGGGCUCAUUCUGCCCUCUGUGAAGCCAUUGAGGCUUAUGUCAAUGAGUGUCAGGACCGUGGUGUCAAUAUCGGACCUUGGAGGAAUUCCACUUUCUGCCCUCUGAAAUGCCCCCCCAACAGUCACUUCGAGUCAUGUGCCGAUCCCUGCCAGCCGUCCUGUACCUCCCCAUCUCCAUCCCAGUGCAGUGGGCCAUGUGCCGAGGGCUGUGUCUGUGACCCUGGAUACGUCCUCAGCGCUGGAGAAUGUGUGAAGCAGGAAUCUUGCGGUUGCUCAUAUAAUGGACAGUACUACCAACCCGGUGAGGAGUUCUACACUAAGGACUGUGAGCUGCUAUGCAAAUGUAACUCACCUCUGGUUACAUGCACUGCCGCUGAAUGUCCUCCCAUGCAGCAGUGUGGAGUACAGCAGGGAGAAAUUGGCUGUUACCCAGUCACCUCUGAAGAUUGCAUCAUCUCUGGUGACCCCCAUUAUCAGACCUUUGAUGACAAAUUUUUCACCUUCAUGGGCACUUGUACUUACACCCUGGCCCGCACCUGCAAAAACAACACAGGACCCUGGUUCUCUGUGGAGGCAAAGAAUGAAGAGAGAGGAGUGUCAGGAGUUUCCUACCUCAGGAAGUUGUAUGUGACAGUGGAUGGUGUCACAGUGACAAUGAUGAAGAGCAGGAGGAUUCUGGUGAAUGGACUGAGGGUGUCUCUCCCUCAUUCUCCAUCUCCGCUCAUCUCUCUCUCAUUGGCUGGACAGUAUGUCACCCUAACCACACCCUUUGGCCUAGAGGUUCGCUGGGAUGGCAAUCACUACGCCAAGAUCACUGUGCCAAGCACCUACCAUGACCAGAUGUGUGGUCUGUGUGGGGACUAUGAUGGAGACUCAAACAACGAUUUCACUAAGCCAGAUGGAUCUCAGGCUGGAAGUUCUGAUGAUUUUGGCAACAGCUGGCAAACAGAUGAGGAUGAGGAUGAAGUAUGCAAACCUGACGUGACACCAGAUCCUCCCUGUGACCCUGCACUGGAGGCUGAGGUAUCUAACCCUGAGAACUGUGGGAAAAUUACAGACACCACUGGACCCUUCAGGGACUGUAUAAAUGUGGUGGAUCCUCAUCCAUUCUUCCAGAGCUGUGUGUUUGACAUGUGUCGUUACGAGGGCCAGCAGCAGACCCUGUGUGACCAGCUCCAGGCUUAUACUGAGGCUUGUCUGAGUGCAGGAGCACCUGUGCACCAGUGGAGGGAGCCAGACUUCUGUCCUUUGGUGUGCCCUCCUAACAGCCACUACUCCCUGUGUGUGAGUGCCUGUCCAGAGACAUGUCUGGGGGCCAGUGGUCCUCCAGGCUGUGCUGAUAAGUGUGUGGAGGGCUGCCAGUGUGAUCCUGGUUUCAUCCUGAGCAACGACAAAUGUGUUCCUGUCAAAGACUGUGGCUGUGUAGACUCCCAAGGCUCUUACCACCCUGUCAAUAACAGCUGGUAUCUGAAGGACUGCACACAGCACUGUGUGUGCUUGGGUGGUGGGAUCAUCCAGUGUCAUAAUUCACCCUGCCUCCCCAAUGAGAUAUGCCAGCUAGAAGAUGGAGAAUAUAUCUGCAAGCCUUUAUUCAAAUGUCCACCUAAUGCUGAGUAUAUUGAGUGUGGCCCAGCUUGCGUUCCCAGCUGUCAGGAACCCUCAACCAACUGCACUGGCCCCUGUAUCAGCGCUUGCUUCUGCAAACCGGGUUAUGUGUUCCGUGGCAAACGUUGUGUUCCUAUUGAAAAGUGUGGUUGUCUGGAUGAUGAAAACAACUACUAUGAGCCUGGAGAGAUUAUCUUUGGAGAUGGCUGUUCUAAGCUCUGUCGCUGUAAAGGGAACUACACUCUUGAUUGUGUGGACAACACCUGCUCAGCCACUGAGGAGUGUCGUGAUGUUGGAGGGGUACCUGGUUGUUACCCUAAAGAUUCAUCCACUUGCAUUGCCUCUGGUGAUCCUCACUACACCACCUUUGACAAGCGACGCUAUAACUUCAUGGGCAACUGCAGUUAUCUGAUGUCAGAGCCCUGCAACAGCACCGAUGUACCUUACUUUGCCGUGUACGUAGACAACGAGAACCGUUACAACAAACCCACGAUCAGCUAUGUGAAGGCUGUGCACGUCCACGUCAAAGGAGUGAAAGUGUCCAUCCUGAAAGGUGGAAUCGUUCAGGUGAAUGGAACCAAUGUGAAUAUUCCUCUGACUCCUGUGGAUGGUGUGAGUGUGUACAAAUCUGGGAAACACUACACAGUGGCCAUGGACUUUGGAGUAACAGUGCGCUAUGACGGAAAUCACUACAUGGACAUCAAAGUCAUCUCAGACUACAAGGACAAGCUGUGUGGACUAUGUGCAGAUUACAAUGGAAACUCAAAGGAUGACUUCCGCACUCCCACUGGAGAACUGGUCACCAGUCCAAAUGACUUUGGAAACAGCUGGAACACAGACCCAGAAUGUGAUAAACCAACUGUUGAUCCCACUCCUGACUGCACAGCUGAAGAGGAGGAUCUGUAUGAGGGUCCUGCCUACUGUGGCAUCAUACUGGACCCCAAUGGUCCUUUUGCUGUCUGUCAUCCCAAAAUCAACCCCAACGGGUUCUUCAGAGACUGUAUGUUUGACUUGUGUGAGCUGGAUGGGGCUCAUUCUGCCCUCUGUGAAGCCAUUGAGGCUUAUGUCAAUGAGUGUCAGGACCGUGGUGUCAAUAUCGGACCUUGGAGAAAUGCCACUUUCUGCCCUCUGAAAUGCCCCCCCAACAGUCACUUCGAGUCAUGUGCCGAUCCCUGCCAGCCGUCCUGUACCUCCCCAUCUCCAUCCCAGUGCAGUGGGCCAUGUGCCGAGGGCUGUGUCUGUGACCCUGGAUACGUCCUCAGCGCUGGAGAAUGUGUGAAGCAGGAAUCUUGCGGUUGCUCAUAUAAUGGACAGUACUACCAACCCGGUGAGGAGUUCUACACUAAGGACUGUGAGCUGCUAUGCAAAUGUAACUCACCUCUGGUUACAUGCACUGCCGCUGAAUGUCCUCCCAUGCAGCAGUGUGGAGUACAGCAGGGAGAAAUUGGCUGUUACCCAGUCACCUUUGAGGAUUGCAUCAUCUCUGGUGACCCCCAUUAUCAGACCUUUGAUGACAAAUUUUUCACCUUUAUGGGCACUUGUACUUACACCCUGGCCCGCACCUGCAAAAACAACACAGGACCCUGGUUCUCUGUGGAGGCAAAGAAUGAAGAGAGAGGGGUGUCAGGAGUUUCCUACCUCAGGAAGUUGUAUGUGACAGUGGAUGGUGUCACAGUGACAAUGAUGAAGAGCAGGAGGAUUCUGGUGGAUGGACGGAGAGUUUCUCUCCCUCAUUCUCCAUCUCCGCUCAUCUCUCUCUCAUUGGCUGGACAGUAUGUCACCCUAACCACACCCUUCGGCCUAGAGGUUCGCUGGGAUGGCAAUCACUACGCCAAGAUCACUGUGCCAAGCACCUACUAUGACCAGAUGUGUGGUCUGUGUGGAGACUAUGAUGGAGACUCAAACAACGAUUUCACUAAGCCAGAUGGAUCUCAGGCUGGAAGUUCUGAUGAUUUUGGCAACAGCUGGCAAACAAAUGAGGAUGAGGAUGAAGUAUGCAAACCUGACGUGACACCAGAUCCUCCCUGUGACCCUGCACUGGAGGCUGAGGUAUCUAAACCCGAAAAAUGUGGGAAAAUUACAGACACCACUGGACCCUUCAGGGACUGUAUAAAUGUGGUGGAUCCUCAUCCAUUCUUCCAGAGUUGUGUGUUUGACAUGUGUCGUUAUGAGGGCCAGCAGCAGACCCUGUGUGACCAGCUCCAGGCUUAUACUGAGGCUUGUCUGAGUGCAGGAGCACCUGUGCACCAGUGGAGGGAGCCAGGCUUCUGUCCUCUGGAGUGCCCUCCAAACAGCCACUACUCCCUGUGUGUGAGUGCCUGUCCAGAGACGUGUCUGGGGGCCAGUGGUCCUCCAGGCUGUGCUGAUAAGUGUGUGGAGGGCUGCCAGUGUGAUCCUGGUUUCAUCUUGAGCAACGACAAAUGUGUUCCUGUCAAAGACUGUGGCUGUGUAGACUCCCAAGGCUCUUACCACCCUGCCGACGAGAGUUGGUAUCUGGAAGGCUGUAAGCAGCAGUGUGUGUGUUUGGGUGGAGGUACGAUCGAAUGUCACAACACCGCCUGCCUGCCCACCGAGAGCUGCCAACUGCAAGACGGAGACUACGGCUGCAAACCACUGGAUAAAGGAAUCUGUUCUGUGUCUGGAGAUCCUCACUACACUUCCUUUGAUGACAAAGUACAUCAUUUCAUGGGUGCCUGCUCCUACACUCUCACCAAACCCUGUAAUGAGACCUCCGGCUUGCCGUACUUUACUGUGGCGACACGAAAUGAACACAGAGGCAACAAUAAGAAAGUAUCGUACGUUCAGGCUGUCAUCAUCAAUGUCCAUGGCAUGGAAAUCAUCCUGGGCAAGAGCCACAAAGUCCAGGUGAAUGGCGCUCGGGUCACUUUGCCUGUCACCCUGCCUGACGGUGUGAAGAUCUUCCGGAGUGGCAAGUUUGUGGUGUUGGAGACAGACUUCGGACUUCGCGUGCGAUUCGAUGGAAACCAUCACGCCGACGUGUCCCUGCCUUCCUCAUACAGCGGCCUUCUGUGUGGACUCUGUGGGAACUACAACGGAAACCCCGGUGACGACAACUUGAAACCAGACGGCCAACCAGCAGAAAAUACUAACGAUUUAGGAGAGAGCUGGCAGGUGCCUGAUGACAGGCCUGACUGCACCACCGGUGGAGGGGUAGAUAAAUGUGAUGACAAAAUAGAGAAUGAGGCUGAGAAACCAACCAGCUGUGGCAUGAUAAAAGACCCUAAUGGCAUCUUCAAGCCGUGCCAUGAAGUUGUUCCCCCCAACGUGUUCUUUGAGAACUGCGUGUAUGACCUCUGUGGCACAGACGGCUCGAUCGUGGCACUGUGCCAGGCAAUCGAGAGCUACGCCGACCUAUGCGCUCAAGCUGGGGUGCCAAUUGACUGGAGGGACAACUCAUUCUGCCCAUACAAGUGCCCGGCUGGCAGUCAUUAUGAACACUGCGGUUCGGCGUGCCCCUCCACCUGUCAGGACCCGGGUUCGGAGGGCAGUUGCAAUGAGCCGUGUGUGGAGGGCUGUGUGUGUGAUGAGGGACUGGUGCUCAGCGGAGACAAAUGCGUGCCUUUUGGCCAGUGCGGCUGCACCGACAAAGACAACAACUACAGACCAGUUGGAGACAGCUGGUUCUCUAAAGAUGACUGCUCAGAACGUUGUGUAUGUUCUCCAUUCAACAACAUCACCUGUGAGGCUUGGCAGUGUAGCCCCGCCCAGGAAUGUAAGGUGCACGAGGGAGAACUGGGCUGUCACGCAACAGGUGUGGGUGUAUGUCACGUGGCUGGUGACCCUCACUACUACACCUUUGAUGGCAUCAUGCACACGUACAUGGGCACCUGUACCUAUACACUGGUGGCGGUGUGCGACAGCUCCAUGGUAACACCAUUCACCAUUGUAGCCAAGAAUGAGGAGAGAGGCCAGCCAGAGGCUUCCUAUGUCCGCUCUGUUACCAUCUACCUGCCUGAAGCCACCGUCACCCUUAGCAAGAGCCGCAGAGUACUGCUGAACGGUGUUAGAGUGAAAACCCCACUGGAUCUCCCGGCAGCCAACGCUCGUGUGUUCACCAGCGGAGUGAACAGCGUGUUGAGCACAGACUUUGGCCUCAUUGUCAAGUUUGAUGGAAAUCACCAUAUAGAGAUCACUGUGCCUGGAGACUACUUCAACAAGCUGUGUGGUAUGUGUGGGAACUACAACGGCAAUUCCGCAGACGAUAAUCUGAUGCCCAACGGAGAACCGGCUAAAGACGUCAUCCAGCUGGGUGACAGCUGGAAGGCAGAGGGAGACAGUGACCCCGGAUGCCAACCAGACCUACGUCCAGACUUACACCCCAACUGCACAGCCCAGGAGGAAGAAGCAUUUAACUCCCAGUGCUCGGUAAUCCUGUCCGAUCACUUCAAGCCCUGUCACGCACUCAUCUCUCCCGACGCUUUCCUAAAUAACUGCGUCUACGACAUGUGUGAAUACAACGGUAUGGAGUCCACACUCUGCGACAACGUAGAGGCCUACGCCCAGGCGUGCCAGACUGCAGGAGUCACUAUCAGCUGGAGAAGCAGCACCUUCUGCCCUCUACCUUGCCCUCCAAACAGCCAUUAUUCAGAAUGCACCGCCCCGUGCCCGCCCACCUGCGCAGACCUCUUCCCCAUCUUCUGCCCUCUGCCCGCCGACGGCUGCGCAGAGGGCUGUCAGUGCGACGGCGGCUUUGUCCUCAGCGCCGGCAAGUGCGUCCCGUUGGCCGAGUGCGGCUGCACAGACAGCAAAGGAGAAUACCAUGACGUGGAGGACACCUGGUUGACAGAGCGCUGUGAACAGCAGUGCACUUGUAACCUUGGAGGAACGGUGACUUGCACAUCCUUUGAAUGUGACGAUGAAUCAGUCUGCUCCGUUGAUAAAGACGGAGACCGUUACUGCAAACCUGAGAAGUUUGACAAGUGCACUAUUUCCGGAGAUCCUCACUAUCGCACCUUCGAUAAUUUCAAGCAUCACUACCAGGGUCCAUACACCUAUGUCCUGACAACAACUCAUAACCUCCCCAACACUCUGACUCCUCUCACGGUGCGAGGCAAGAACAUUCGCGGUGGAGGCAAACGCAAAGUCUCCUACCUGCACGAGAUCUAUGUGGAUGUGUACGGCGUCGACAUCCGCCUCUUAAACAAGAGGAAAGUUCUGGUUAACGGGGAGAAAGUCUCAGCUCCGUUUAGUCCCAAACAAGGCAUUAGCGUUGCCAAGAGCUCACGUUACAUUCAUCUCUCCACCGACUUUGGCCUUGAAAUACGUUUUGACGGCAAGCACCACGGAGAGAUUAUUCUUCCAAGCUCUUACAGGUCUCACGUUCGGGGCCUGUGUGGAAACUAUGAUGGAGUCACCAACAAUGAGUACACUAAGCCGGACGGUACAGUGACACGUGAUCUGAAUGAGUUUGGGGAUAGCUGGAGAGUGAAUGACAGGCAGGUGGAGAUCCAAAUGUUAAACCUGCCUCAAGUUGUACACGUGGACAGGCACAAGAUGGAGCAGGAACCAGACACAGGUUUUGAGACUCAGGGUUGUACCCAGGCCACGCUGGACGACCUGAACAGUAAAACAAAGUGCGGUGCUCUCUCUGACCCUGAUGGCCCCUUCGCUAACUGCCACGCCUCUGUCUCACCAGACUCCUUCCAAGAGGACUGUGUGUUUGACCUCUGCGCAGAGCAGGAAAGUCCUACACUGCGCUGUGAGAAUUAUGCCGUUUACGUUCAGGCUUGUCAGGAGGCAGGAAUCACCGUGGGGGAAUGGAGAAUGAGGCUGAGCUGCUCCCCAGACUGUGGUGCUAACAGCACAUAUACAGAGUGUAUGACACCAUGCCCUGCAUCCUGCGCCGACAUGGCUGCCCCCUCUGAGUGUCAGCAGACCCACUGCGUGGAGGGUUGUCAGUGUGCCGCCGGUUUCGUCAUGAGCGACGACUCCUGCGUUCCAUUCACCGAAUGCGGCUGCACCUUCCUGGGACGCUACUAUUUGAUGGGAGAGAAGUUUGUGACAGAGGACUGUGCUCAGGACUGUGAGUGCACCCCCACCGGUGCCGUUUGUCAAGCCAAAGGUUGCAGCAGCACGGAAAUCUGCACUGUCUACGACACCCAACGCAACUGCUACAGAAGCGACAACCCGUGUCUGAGCUACCCCUGUCUGAAUGCUGGUACAUGCGUAAGCACCCCAGAGAAUUCAAAUAGCUACACCUGCAACUGCGCCGAGGGCUUUGAGGGGAAGAACUGUGAAACAGAGGUGUCUCCAGCGGAACCGGAGACAGGCCUGGAUAAAGAGACCAUUAUCUUGAUUGGAGUCCUCGUGCCCCUUGGUGUCAUUAUCAUCGUAUUGAUUAUCACUAUCUGUUGCUGCAAGCGUAGGAAAAGGUAA